AUGGCCUCGGGUUUAGCUGUGAGCAAGGAGGGUCUAUCAAUUCCCCUCAUUGACUUCUCGCGCUUCCUCAGCGGAACUCCUGUGGAGCGUAAUGAAACGGCCAAUGCCAUUCUUGACGGUUUUAAAACAGCUGGAUUCAUCUAUCUCAAAAACCAUCCCAUCCUUCCCAAAGAUUUACAGCAUGCAUUUGAUCUAUCAGCCCGCUUCUUCAAUGAACCCCUAGAGAAGAAGAUGGAGGUAGCCUGGACAACUCCAGAGGCAAACCGAGGCUACUCAGCCCCUGGACGCGAGAAAGUCAGUCAGCUCAAGGAUAUCCAGGAGGUUGAGAAAGUGCGUGCUGCUUUGCCGGACUUGAAAGAGAGUCUUGAGAUUGGCCGUGAAGAUGAGCCCGGACAUCCGAAUAGAUGGCUUGAAGAAACCGGCGACCUUGUUGGGUUUCGAAAGGAUAUGCUCAGAUUCUUUGAGAAGUGCCGCCAACUGCACGUGGAGGUCAUGAAAGCUAUUGCUGUUGGAAUGGGGCUCGAUGAUAGAUUCUUUGACUCUUUUGUCGAUGUCGGAGACAAUACGCUGCGGCUAUUGCAUUAUCCGGCCGUUGAUUCUAAUAUCUUCAAAACGAAGCCAGGCACAGUUCGAGCUGGUGCACAUAGCGACUAUGGAUCCAUCACCCUUCUCUUCCAAGAUGCUCGAGGGGGGCUCCAAGUCAAGAGUCCAACAGGAGAAUUUGUCGAUGCGACACCAAUCGAAGGCACGGUCGUCGUCAAUGCCGGCGACUUGCUUGCGAGAUGGAGUAACGACACCAUCAAGAGCACCAUCCAUAGAGUUGUUGAGCCACCGCAGAAGCAAGCUGAAGCUUACCCACCUCGAUACAGCAUUGCAUACUUUUGUAACCCCAACUUCAAAAGCUAUAUCGAGGCGAUUCCAGGGACGUUCAUUACGGAGAAAGACAAGAAGUAUGAAGGCUCCAACUUCGUUCUUGGCUCGCAGUCACUCAUUCGAUCAACUAUAGGCAGUCUACUGCUCGACUUUGAAGUUCCCGGCUCCCAGAUCGUAGCAGCAAUGGACUCUAAUACUCCGACCGCAAAACGACCCCUGAAACAGGAGCCUUCAACAGCAAACAAGGCCUAUCUGAUCUUCUACAACUUCAUCUCAGCUGUGCAAUGGUCUGUUGUGCUGGGACGCACCGCCAUGCUUGCCAGUGCCUACGGGCCUGAGUACGUCUAUCCUAAUAUUGGCCAAUAUACAAAAUGGACACAGACUUUGGCUGGGUUGGAGGUCCUGCAUUCGAUGCUUGGCGUCGUUCGCGCUUCCUUUAUGACUACUCUUAUGCAGGUCGCCUCGCGUUUCCUGCUCGUCUGGGCCAUCGUCGACGUCUUCCCCUUCCUCGCCCUCUCUCCCUUUUAUUCGUCUAUGCUCGUCGCUUGGUCCGUCACCGAGAUUAUCCGCUAUUCCUUCUUCGUUCUCUCGCUGUGCGGCUACCAACCCAAGUUUCUUACUUGGUUGCGUUAUAACACCUUCUUUGUGCUCUACCCCAUCGGUAUCUGCAGUGAAUGCAUCCUCAUCUGGUUCGCCACUGAGCCUGCGGGCAACAUUAACGAGCUCUAUAAGUGGGCACUUUACGCCAUCUUGGUUAUCUAUGUUCCUGGAUCUUAUGUCUUGUAUACACAUUUGAUGAGCCAGAGGCGCAAGGUCAUGCGAAAUCUGAAAACCCAGGGUCAGAAGGCUCAAUAA